AUGAUGACGAAACUAACUCUCUUGAUGGCCAUUUCUGUGUUGCCAUCAUUAGUGAGUCCAUUCACAACACCCAAUACCUUCGGCGAGACCAGUCUGCAUCUGGGAAGUUCAAUCGAAAGCAGCAUCUUCGCCCUUUUUUCAGAGGCUUCUGUAUCAAAAUUUAGCCAGGAUCAAGAUGAUGUUGCGGAUGACAUCGAGGACUCUUAUCUUGUUGACAAUGCAAAUAGUACAUCCAAGUUUUUGUGUGGUCUGUGGGAACUGAUUGCAAGAGGAAACAGCAUGGUUCGCGGAGAAUCCGAAACAGUUCUAUUUCCAGAUAUGGAAUCCCAAUUCACACCACGGUAUCUAAAUCUUGUAACUGCGCAUCUCGACGGUUGCAAAGAUGUAACCGACAAUUUUGGAGUCACAACCACCUUGCAGCCAUAUAUCAGUGGCGGAAAAGUGAAGGGGUUUACUGUCAAGUCCUUUCGAAACCCAGACAAAGAUCCAGAUAAUUAUGAAUUUGACUACGAUCCCUUUUGGGACGAUGGCGACGAUUGGAACUACGAAGGAGUCGACGAUGAAGAUUUGGCAGUGGACAAGUAUCCAGAAAUUGUAGACAAGAUUCCAGAUGACGAUGACAAGAUCAUUGACAUAUCGAAGGCUUGGGUUGAAAAGAUCUGUUCUGACAUGGGAAUUUGUCCGUUCUCCAAGGGUGCAGAAGAGGCUGGACUGCCUAUUGGUCCUGUAUUUUACUGUAUUGAUCGAUGCACUUCUUUGGAAGAUAUGUAUGCUCGGUACUGGGCAGAAGUUGUGCGAGUGGAAAACCAAGACCAGAGCGAACUUUCCACAACUCUUCUUGUGGCACCCGAAUUCUGUAUAGAUCAGAUUGAGAUUUUUGAGCAAUUCAGCACCACACUCACACAACCCCUGUCUGCAUUGGACUUGGAGUCUUCUAUUCAACUAGUUUUCUUUCAUCCCAACUGGUCCUUCCGUGAUGGAAGCGCCAGAGAAGGCAUCGGAGCUGCAGCCAACUACGCCCGUCGAAGUCCAUGGCCAAUGAUCAAUAUUCUUCGGACGAGCCAAGUUCGAGCGGCACAAAAGGGUAUUCCCACCGGACUGGUGUACAAGCAAAAUGAAAAGACUCUUUCUAGCGUCGGUGUGGACACAUUGGAAACCUGCCUUCGACUGCGAGACUGGGAAGCCAUGAAAGAUGUGAAAGUGAACCGAAAAGAAAUUGAAGCCUUGAGGGUUGCUCGCGAUUUUCAAGAAUCAGGAACCAUCAAGGUGGAUGAUACUUCAUUUUCGAAUGAUGCAACACCAGCUGCCAAUAAGGUUGAUGGGAGACAAAUUGAACAAGGUGACCUUGUCAAUGUUGUGCUGGAAGCAUUGUCGAAACGGUUGUCUGGUUCUACUACUACUGCUACUACCUUUGCUGCUUUGAGCGGUCCCGAGACCAGUGCUGCAAUCAUGGCCACAGAUUUUUUGCUCAAAGAAUUGAAUCGUGUAGCAGAUAGUGGGCCAGAGGAAAAGUCGCCCGCCACAGAGAGCCACCAAGCGAUUGUAGAUGACUUUGAGGACCCCGCUUCCGGUGAUGGAAGAGAGGAUCUUGUGGGGCAAGUCGUAUUGAAUCAAACUGAAUAA